CUCUCUCUCAUUUCUGACUCUCUCAUAUGUGUGUGUGUGUGUGUGUGUGUGUGUGUGUGUCUGUCUCUCUCUCUCUCAUCUCUGUCUCUCUCAUAUGUGUGUGUGUCUCUCAUCUCUCUGUAGGUCGUGUAGGAACCCCUCACUUCAUGGCUCCGGAGGUGGUGAAGCGGGAGCCGUACGGGAAGCCUGUUGAUGUUUGGGGAUGUGGGGUGAUUCUCUUCAUCCUGAUAAGUGGCUGUUUGCCUUUUUAUGGCACUAAGGAGCGUUUGUUUGAAGCCAUCGUGAAAGGGAAAUACAAGAUGAACCCGCGGCAGUGGGGUCACGUAUCUGAGAGCGCUAAAGAUCUUGUGCGUCGUAUGCUGAUGCUGGACCCCGCCGAGAGGAUCACUGUCUAUGAAGCACUCAACCAUCCCUGGCUCAAGGAGAGAGAUCGUUACUCUUAUAAGAUUCACCUGCCAGAGACGAUAGAACAGCUGAGGAAGUUUAAUGCUCGGAGGAAGCUGAAGGGGGCCGUGCUCGCUGCCGUCUCCAGCCACAAGUUCAACUCCUUCUAUGGUGACCCACCCGAAGACCUCCAUGACUUCUCUGAGGACCCCACAUCUUCAGGAUUGCUUGCUGCAGAAAGGGCUGUGUCUCAAGUACUGGACAGUCUAGAGGAGAUCCACGCGCUGACUGACUGCAGUGAGAAAGAUCUGGACUUCCUGCACAGCGUCUUCCAAGACCAACAUCUGCACACACUGCUAGACCUGUAUGAUAAGAUCAACAGCAGAUCUUCACCUCAGAUCAGAAAUCAACCCAGUGAUGCUGUUCAGAGAGCUAAAGAGGUGCUGGAGACCAUCUCCUGUUACCCUGAGAACAUGGAGGCUAAAGAGCUCAAGAGAAUUCUCACACAGCCUCAUUUCAUGGCUUUAUUGCAGACGCAUGAUGUGGUGGCUCAUGAAGUAUACAGCGAUGAUGCUUUGAGAGUGACACCUCCUCCGACCUCGCCGUACCUGAAUGGAGACUCGCCCGAGAGCGUCAAUGGAGACAUGGACCUGGAGAAUGUCACGCGUGUUCGUCUCGUGCAGUUCCAGAAGAACACAGAUGAACCCAUGGGUAUUACUCUGAAGAUGAACGAUCUCAAUCACUGCAUCGUAGCCAGAAUAAUGCAUGGAGGAAUGAUCCAUAGACAAGGGACGCUGCACGUGGGAGAUGAGAUCCGUGAGAUAAACGGCAUCAGUGUGGCCAAUCAGACUGUGGAACAGCUGCAGAAGAUGCUUAGAGAGAUGAGGGGCAGUAUCACGUUUAAGAUUGUACCGAGCUACCGCAGUCAGUCUUUGUCCUGUGACAAAGAGUCACCGGAUCUGUCCAGACAGUCUCCUGCUAACGGAUACUCCAGCGUCACCAGCUCCAUCUUAGAUUUACCAUCAACUAUCCAACCCAAAGGACGACCGAUCUCCAGCGCAGCAGUCAAGGAUAAAAUAUUUCAGAAGAUAUACGUGAGAGCGCAGUUUGAGUAUGACCCCGCUAAAGACGACCUCAUUCCUUGUAAAGAAGCGGGGAUUCGCUUCCGGGUGGGUGACAUCAUUCAGAUCAUCAGUAAGGACGAUCAUAACUGGUGGCAGGGUAAACUGGAGAACACCAAGAACGCCACGGCGGGUCUGAUCCCCUCGCCCGAGCUGCAGGAGUGGCGUGUAGCGUGUAUAGCCAUGGAGAAAACCAAACAGGAGCAACAGGCCAGCUGUACGUGGUUUGGCAAGAAGAAGAAACAGUACAAGGACAAAUAUUUAGCCAAACACAACGCAGUGUUUGAUCAACUAGAUCUGGUGACGUAUGAGGAGGUGGUGAAGUUACCCGCCUUCAAGAGGAAAACUCUGGUGCUGCUGGGUGCUCACGGGGUCGGCAGGAGGCACAUCAAGAACACGCUCAUCGCAAAACAUCCCGAGCGAUUUGCGUAUCCCAUUCCACACACGACCAGAUCUCCCAAGAAGGACGAGGAGAACGGUAAGAACUACUUCUUUGUGACACACGAGCAGAUGAUGCAGGACAUCUCUAAUAAUGAUUAUCUGGAGUACGGCAGCCACGAGGACGCCAUGUACGGCACGCGCCUGGAGACCAUCUGCAAGAUCCACGAGGAGGGCAUGGUCGCCAUCCUGGACGUGGAGCCGCAGGCGCUGAAGGUUCUGCGGACGGCUGAAUUCGCACCGUAUGUCGUGUUCAUCGCUGCUCCGACUAUAACGCCUGCUAUGAGUGAGGACGAAUCUCUCCAGCGGCUGCAGAAAGAGUCGGAGGCUCUCCAGCGCUCUUAUGCGCAUUACUUUGAUCAGACCGUUAUCAAUAAUGAGAUCGACGAGACCAUCCGCCUGCUGGAGGAGGCCAUCGAUCUGGUGUCCAGCACCGCGCAGUGGGUCCCCGUGUCCUGGGUGUAUUAGAGGAUCCCCUCGUUCAUCUGUCAGACUCCUCGUUGAAUGCGUCCGGCCCGCCGCGGGAACUGCUCUCGCGCAGUGCUGUAUAUACUUAUACAUAUUAUAAAUAUCUAUAAAUAUGAAUAUAUACGUCUUUGAUCUAUGUCCUGUACUUAUAACGAUGGGGAGGGGGGGGUUGACGAUGACGUUUUCUACAGUUUUCUUUUUAAACGUACGAGACGGCGUCUCAGAGCAAUGAUGAGCACAGUCAGACUCCGCCCACCUCGAACACCAUAGAGACAGAGCGCAACGCGUCAUAAUCUGAAAACCACGCCCACCAGGGGGACAACAAUCCAACCCUCUCCAUUGACUUUCUAUUGCGGGAAGCUGCCUCCUUGUCAUUUAUGACUUAUAACAAAAAACAGAACGAUGUUUAAAAACUACUGUGUGACGAGGUGUACAGUAGACGAGAUAAAAAAACAGAACUACGCUUUUAUAAGCUGUCGACCCAAAAAACGAGGGUUUAAGGACCCAAAAGUGGAGCGCAACAUGGUGGCACAAGCUGUUGGAAAGCUGUUAACUAUAUUAGCACUCGCAAACAUAACGUUACUACAUAGCUAUCCACAUUCUAACAAGUUGCAUACUGUCAAAAUGCCACAGUUUAGAGCUUAGCUUACAGAAAUAUAACAUUUUAAACUGAUAUUUGACUUACAA